AUGAACACGUCUCGACGCGAUUUGUACGCAGAGGAGAGGCGGGAAGGAGAGGCGCAUGGUGCGGACGGCGUGGAAGGCGCUAACAGCGUCAACAACGAGGCACAGGCUAUGCUCGACCGGAUCAUGUCUGCGGGCUGGUCGAAUGCGAGUGCGACUGCACCUACGAACAAGGUGGAUGAGGGUAUGAACACCGAUACAGACACGCUCACAAACAUGGACGAGAAAGUACACACAUUUAAGCUGCUUUCGAAUGCGCCCGUCACGCAGAUAAACGUCAACGAAGGGAGUGAAGGCGACGGGAGUGGGGAGUAUGAUGUAGCAGUGCGGGAGCACAACGAGCGCAUGCGCCGCCAGCGUCAGUCGUCACCGCCCGCAGAGGAUGUGCGCGGCCGGUUAGCGCAGCUGUCGAGCAUAGCCGUGGAUGGUGAGUGGGUCGAGCAGCAGCGCAGUGUGUAUUGGCAGCCGCUGCGUAGAGCGAUAAAUAGGAGUAGGAGGAGUACGCAGUCACUCACCAACCCCGCUCCUUCGCUAGCACUAGCCAAGACGGACAUAGACGACGAAGAGAAGCUCACUGAUAAGCAGGGUCGCGUGCACACUCCAAGUGUUGAGCAGAUUGCUCUUGCACCCUCGCCCGCUACCGCUCAGCUCAACUCAACUCGCAGAAAACAGUAUCAGAAAAGGGGUGGGAUAGAUAAAGUCAGAAGAAUGCGCUCCCCGCCUGCCUUCUUCGCUGCUACACCCGACCAGUGCAAGUAUGCAGCGUCGGCGGCUUACUUCUACGGCAAACCAUCUUCACGGCCGUUUAACAGACCAGCGGGCUGCCAGAGGAAGUAUGUGCGCGGAGAUAGCAGGGGCAUCACAGCGGGGGCUGAGUACAAACGAAAGGAGGAAGCGGAGCGUUUGGCACAUAGGGCAACUGUGGCGGAGGAGAAGGCUAAGGCGAAGGAUAGGAAGAGAGUGGAGGGUAGAGGCACAGGUAGAGGAGACACAUUAGGAGUUAGCAGGGUUGGAGCUGUUGGAGCUGCUGCAGCCACUGGAGCGAAUGCGGCGUGA